AUGGUUGUCGUCUCCACUUUUUUCCAGCUUCACGUUUCCCGCUUCAGAGGAGAGCAGAUCGCCACCUCGACGGUCCGGUUCGUGGACUUAGCGAAUUCGGAUCGCCCGUCGAACCCAGCGCGCAGGAGGAUUCUGGCCGUGGAGUCGCUCCAAGCCGUGGUUGAUGCCUGCGGGAGGUGUGGUUCCUUCGUCCCGUACAGGAACUCCAAGUUGACGCAGCUGUUGCAGCCGGCACUGUGUGGGCCCAUGCCGCUG